GGACGCGGCUGCCGCCGGCGGGACGAGGAGCCUGGCCGGUCGCACCAUGAGCAGCGUCCCCGCCGACAGGGAGGGCGGCCCCGCCGAUACCAGCCUGCCCGAGGAGGAGGUGAGGACACUCUUUGUCAGUGGGUUGCCUCUGGACAUCAAGCCCCGGGAACUUUACCUGCUCUUCAGACCCUUUAAGGGGUACGAAGGGUCGCUCAUCAAACUCACCUCCAAGCAGCCUGUGGGCUUCGUCAGCUUCGACAGCCGCUCCGAGGCGGAGGCAGCCAAGAACGCGCUGAACGGCAUCCGCUUUGACCCCGAGAUCCCCCAGACGCUGCGGCUGGAGUUUGCCAAGGCCAACACCAAGAUGGCCAAGAACAAGCUGGUGGGCACCCCAAAUCCCACCACCCCUCUCCCCACUGCUGUACCUCAGUUCAUCGCCCGGGAGCCCUAUGAGCUCACAGUGCCUGCACUUUACCCCAGUAGCCCUGAAGUGUGGGGGCCGUACCCUCUGUACCCAGCGGAAUUAGCACCUGCUCUACCUCCUCCUGCUUUCACCUACCCCGCUUCACUGCACGCCCAGAUGCGCUGGCUCCCUCCCUCCGAGGCUGGUUCUCAGGGCUGGAAGUCCCGUCAGUUCUGCUGAAUGCCGGGUCUCAGGUGUGUGAUGGUGGCCUACAGUCAGUCUUGUGGGUAUUAAUGGAGUCUUCCAAGGUGGCUACUGGGUUGGUGUGCUCUCCACAGGACCUCAGUGUGCUGGCUUGAAAAAAAACCUUACACAAGUUUGGAUUCCU